AUGGGAAAUCAGACCAGCACUUCUGAGUUCCUCCUCCUGGCUUUCUCCAAUCACCAAGAAUACCUGUUCCCUCUGUUCCUGGUCCUAUACCUAGCAGCCCUCCUGGGGAAUCUGCUGAUCCUUGUUGCUGUUGGCUCAGACUCACGCCUCCAUACACCCAUGUAUGUGCUCCUGGUUAACCUAUCCCUAGCAGAUCUGUGCUUUACCUCUACUACAGUGCCCAGGCUUCUCUAUGCCCUGCUGACAGGGGACCAGACCAUCACUCAUUCAGCCUGCCUGUCCCAAGUCUUCUUUUUCUUGAUGGCAGGCAAUGUGGAUAGCUACGUGUUAGCUGCCAUGGCAUGGGACCGAUAUGUAGCCAUAUGCAAACCACUGCACUAUGCUACUGUGGUGACCCUGCCACGAUGUAUGGUGCUCCUGGGGGCUGUGUGGGUGGGCACAGCCCUGCACUCCUUGCUCCACACAGUCCUCAUUGCUGGUCUUACCUUCUGUACCAAUCGUGCUCUUCCAUAUUUCUACUGUGAUGUUCAUCCUUUGCUACAUCUUGCCUGCUCUGACACUUCCCUCAACUACAUGACAGCUAUAGUUGAAGGUGGUUCUGUAAUCAUUUUGCCUGCUAUUUGCAUUAUGGCCUCUUAUGCCUUCAUUGGAGCUGCUGUUUGUCAGAUCCGAGCCCCUGGGGGUUUCCGCAAGGCAUUUUCCACCUGUGGAUCCCAUUUAACUGUAGUAAUUCUUUUCUAUGGCACUGUAGUGGGGGUCUACUUGCAGCCCCCAAGCCAAGUUAAGGACCAAAAGGAAGCCCGAGAUCUUGCAGCCACAAUCAUGUUCUCUGUGGUGGCUCCAACACUAAACCCCUACAUCUAUAGUCUGCAGAACAGAGAAAUUAAAGCAGCUUUGACAAAGUUGUUUAUGGAGAGUUAG